AUGACCAUCAACCCACCGUCGCCCGGCCGGGUUCGUGCAAGCAAGAAGCGUCCAACGACGCCACAUCUGAACGCGACAAGCGAGCUCGUGGACCGCGUCCAGACGCUGAUCAAGGAAGGAGAUGUGGAGAUCAAUGGACAUGAGCUUGACAUUGCAGCUGUUGUGGCUGUUGCAAGGUUUCGUUGCAAGCCGUUCAUUGAGCGAUCUUCCCAGCUCCUGGACAACAUGGAAGCGGGGCAGGACAUCCUGGACCUUCAUCUGGACGGCGGAAGCAAGCUUUAUGGCAUCAACACCGGCUUUGGAGGCAGCGCCGACCUUCGCACCAACGACCCACCGGCGCUCCAGCGGGCGCUGAUCCAACACCAACAGUCCGGCGUGCUCACUCCAAGAGACCUGGCAGCAGAGAGCGACGGCCACGAAGAGACCGGUUCGCAUUCUCUCCCCUCGUCCUGGGUCAAGGGCGCCAUGCUGGUAAGGUGCAACACCAACAUUCGCGGCCACUCGGCCAUCGCCCUGCAGAUCGCCGACACGCUCGUGGAGUUCGUCCGGAGAGACAUGACGCCCAUUGUCCCCCUGCGAGGCUCCAUCUCCGCGUCUGGGGACCUCAUGCCACUGUCAUACAUUGCCGGUGUGCUGCAGGGAAACCCCGACACGUUCGUGCGGACCGGGAAAGGAAGGGACUUCAAGGUGAUGAAUGCUCGAAAUGCGUUCGCAGAAAUCCAGCGCCUGAACUUGGAAGAUGAAGCAAAGCAUGGGAAGCAGCUGGUCAACGGCAGACGCAUCGAAUACGAGCCCAUCGUCCUUGGCCCAAAAGAAGGGCUUGCGCUGGUCAAUGGCACUGCGCCUUCCGCUGCUGUCGCGUGCCUCGCGUUGUAUGAGACGAAUCAACUGGCCGUUCUGUCACAGCUCAUCACCUGCCUCUCAUCGGAGGCUCUGGCAGGAAACGUCGAGUGGACUCACCCAUACAUUGCAGAAAUCCGCCCCCAUCCCGGCCAGAUUGAAGUCUCGCAGAACCAGCGCUCUUUCUUCCACGGCUCCAAGCUCGUCGAAGGCCUCAACCAGGUCAACCGGUACAAAGAGGGCAUUGUUCAGGACCGGUAUUCCACGAGGACGUCCUCCCAGUGGGUUGGUCCGCUGCUAGAAGACCUCCUUCAUGCCUCGGAACAACUGAAGAUCGAACUGAACUCGACCACUGACAACCCGAUUGUCAAUCUCAAGACCCGUGAGGUCCACUGUGGGGGCAACUUCCAGGCCACGUCGGUGACCAUGGUCGCGGAGAGGAUCAGACUUUGCCUGCAGAUGGUCGGCAAGAUGCUGUUCGCCCAGACGAGCGAGCUGAUCAAUCCGGCCUACAACAAUGGGCUUCCCCCAAACCUGGCCGCGGAUGAUCCCAGUCUCUCGUUCUUCGCCAAAGGCGUCGACAUCAACAUGGCGGCCUAUCAGUCGGAACUGGCCUUCCUGGCCAAUCCAGUCAGUUCUCACGUACAGUCGGCCGAGAUGCACAAUCAGGGGAUCAACUCGCUCGCCUUGAUCUCCGCCCGUUACGCCAUGCAGAGCGUGGAGAUCGUCCAGCUGAUGUCGGCGUCGGCCAUCUAUGUCGGGCUCCAUGGGGUGGACCUUCGCAGCAUGCAUGUAACGUUCCUGUCGCAGUUUAAGGGUGUUGCCGAUGCCACCAUCCGCCGGGUCUUUGGUUGGGUUGAGGAUAACGGGAAGAAGCUCCUGACAGACGUGAUCUGGGGUUCGAUCCGUAAGACGUGGUACGCCACCGCGAGCAGCGACGCCGGGGAUCGAUGCGAGAGUGUGGCAAAGGCCACUGUGGAACCAAUCUUGAGCUGCCUAGACCGAUUUGGCCACCAAGGAUCUCAUCAGGAGCGGUUUGCGCGCGAGCACAAGGCCUGGGUAGACAAGCUGCAGAAGGUCAUGUACGACGCGUUCCUGCUCCACCGCGCCAGCUUCUUCGACCGCCCCAGCACGGCCGAGUAUCUGGGUCAAGGCACCAAGGCGCUGUACCGCUUCGUGCGGGAGGACCUGGGCGUGCCCUUCCAUCGCGGCCACGUCGAGGACGCCGUCGUGCGGGAUAGCAUGGCAGAUCGCCCGGUCAAGACGAUCGGUUCUUGGAUCUCGGUCAUCUAUGAGGCGGUGAGGGACGGGAGGCUGUACACUUCGGUGAUGGAGGCGAUGCAGAAAGGCACCGGGGCCGAGACGGGGCAGAGAGUUGACCUGCAAACGAAGAGGUGA